AUGUCAGAAUAUUUUGAAAACGGCGUUGUUUCUAAAAUGUCAAUGGGAGGAUCAUCAAAUUCCUCCAAUGCAUGUAAAAUUUCAAUGCUGUGGAACUGGUAUACCAUUGAUACAUGCUUCAUUGCUAAAUCAUGGAAAAAUGAUACGAGAGGGAAAUUUGCGGGAUCGUGUAUUGGCUGUUUCUUGCUCGUGUUCAUUGCUCAAUGGUUGAACAGAGUAUCCAGACAAUUUGAUAUUGAAAUUGCACGGAGAAGAAAGUUGAAAGUUGUUGCAAAAUAUGCUGCUAAUUCAGCUUCAACUAGUGAUAUGUCCGAAACUGGUGCGGGCUCGACGGAAGCGUUCACUCAAACAACGUCACUGUGCAACGAACCAGAUUGGAAAACAUCCUUGAACGCUCUGACUGCAACAUUAUCUCAUACCUGGUAUUUCAAUUUUGGAAGAAGAAACGCCGCCACUAACUCUAACCUUGAGACUAGUGUCCAAUGUUGUCCUGUCGUUGUUGACGUAUAUCCAACUUUACUUGACCAUAUUCUUAGAGCGUUAGUCUUCACGCUUCAAUGGGGUUUGUCGUACAUUAUCAUGUUACUCUUCAUGUACUACAAUGGUUACAUCAUUAUAAGUUGUUUGCUAGGUGCUCUAUUCGGAAGGCUGUUUUUCAACUACGAGCCAUUGGCAACCUUGGGAUCUGGCACAACAACAGUAGCGCAUGACAAGGAAGAGAACGACAGAAAGUGCUGUAUGUAA